GGCCACCUUCCAGUCGCCCGAGGCGGCCGCUGCUGCAGCUUCGCUGCGUCCACCGCGCUCUCCGGACGUGGCGGCCCGCGGGAGAAAUGUUGCUGAAGUGCUGCUGAAAGGGCCAGAGAUGCAAGGAUUUGGGACACAUUUUGAACCUUUAAGCUGUCUGACAUUGACCUCCUUUCAUUAUUAAUAAAGAAGAAGCAGGAGCUUAGGAUGUAUUAACACCAACUCAUUAAUAUACUAACCGGACAAUGCUCUGCAACAAUUCUACAUUGUAAAGAACUGGACUGGCACAAAAUAAAAUUAUUUCAUAUUAUCCUCAGCAUAUAAUAUGACUCGAUGGAGGAAAAUUUGAUAAGCAUGAGGGAAGACCAUUCUUUUCAUGUUCGUUACAGAAUGGAAGCUUCUUGCCUAGAACUGGCCUUGGAAGGGGAACGUCUGUGUAAAUCAGGAGACUGCCGUGCUGGUGUGUCAUUCUUUGAAGCUGCAGUUCAAGUUGGAACUGAAGACCUAAAAACACUUAGUGCUAUUUACAGCCAACUGGGCAAUGCUUAUUUCUAUUUGCAUGAUUAUGCUAAAGCAUUAGAAUACCAUCAUCAUGAUUUAACUCUUGCAAGGACUAUUGGAGACCAGUUGGGGGAAGCCAAAGCUAGUGGUAAUCUGGGCAACACCUUAAAAGUUCUUGGGAAUUUUGAUGAAGCAAUAGUUUGUUGUCAGCGACACCUAGGUGAGGCAGUCGCUCACCCACUAUUGGACAGCCGUUCAUGGCGGCUCACCCCGCUACUGGCCAACCCCGCUGCAGCCUUCGCUGUCGCUGGCGACUCACCCUUAUUUUUUCACAACUUUUUGUUAUCACUUAGGGAAAACCUAUCACUGGUGACUGCUUUGGGCGACCGAGCAGCCCAAGGACGUGCCUUUGGAAAUCUCGGAAACACACAUUACCUCCUUGGCAACUUCAGGGACGCAGUUAUAGCUCAUGAGCAGCGUCUCCUUAUAGCGAAAGAAUUUGGAGAUAAAAUUGGUGAAGGAAGAGCAUGUUGGAGCUUAGGAAAUGCAUAUACAGCUCUGGGAAAUCACGAUCAAGCAAUGCAUUUUGCUGAAAAGCACUUGGAAAUUUCAAGAGAGGUUGGGGAUAGAAGUGGUGAACUAACAGCACGACUGAAUCUCUCAGAUCUUCAAAUGGUUCUUGGUCUGAGCUACAGCACAAAUAAUUCAAUAAUGUCUGAAAAUAUUGAAAUUGAUAACAGUUUGGAUGCUAUGUGUCUUACUCGAGUACAGAACUGGAACAGUGAAAUUCUUGCUAAACAAAAACCUCUUAUUGCCAAACCUUCUGCAAAGCUACUCUUUGUCAACAGAUUGAAGGGGAAAAAAUACAAAACUGCUUCCUCCACUAAAGUUCUCCAAGAUGCCAGUAAUUCCAUUGAUCACCGGAUUCCGAAUUCUCAGAGGAAAAUCAGUGCAGAUACUAUUGGAGAUGAAGGGUUUUUUGACCUAUUAAGUCGAUUUCAAAGCAAUCGGAUGGAUGAUCAGAGGUGCUGCUUACAGGAAAGGAACUGUGCGACAGCCUCCACAGCAACUUCCACUCCCCCUACAAUGACAUUAAAAACGCCAUCUGUUCCUGUGAUGUCCCCCAACACGGAUGAGUUUUUAGACCUUCUUGCCAGUUCACAGAGCCGCCGCCUGGACGACCAGAGGGCCAGUUUCAGUAAUUUGCCAGGGCUCCGUCUGACACAAAACAACAAUCAGUCGGUGCUUGGUCACCUGAUGACUAAUGACGUCAAAGAGCCUGAUGAAGACUUCUUUGACAUCCUUGUAAAAUGUCAGGGGUCAAGAUUAGAUGAUCAAAGAUGUGCUCCACCACCUGCUGCCACAAAGGGACCGACAGUACCAGAUGAGGACUUUUUUAGCCUUAUUUUACGGUCUCAGGCGAAAAGAAUGGAUGAACAGAGAGUUCUUUUACAAAGAGAUCAAAACAGAGACACUGAAUUUGGUCUAAAGGACUGUUUGCAAAGUAAUGCUUUGUUGGAACUUAAAAAUUCAGGAAGAAAAUAAGCAAACCACUAGUUACGAUGGAUGUAAUUUUUAAAAGUGACUAUUUCCUUUCAGAACACUGCAAGGAAAUCCAAUCUAUUUCUUUUUUCCUUAAAAGGAGAAAUUAUAGCACUGUAAUACAGCUUAAAAUGUUUUAGAAUGAUGUACAUAUUUAACCUUUAAUAGUAUAGCAGUAACAUUCCUCUGGACAGUCUCCUGUUUCAGGGUGGAGGUGUCUUAUAGGUGCUUCAUCAACUUUUGUGAUUUCUGCUUGGGACUGUGUUCUUUGGCACUUGUUAGGUUCCUUUACCUAUGUUUGUGAAGUAGGUUAAAUGAAUCCCAGACAAUUUAAUCCUCUGGCUGAAAUAAUUUUUUAAAAUCUUAAUUGACAAUGGCUUUUUUUUAUACGUUUAACGAUUGAUGUGAGAAAUUAUGCUGUCUAGUAAAAAUAAUGUACUUGACCAACAUGUAAAAAAGUUAUAUAGUCUUAUAAAAAAAAUUAGGGUUUUUUUCCCCAAGAAAAUCUAUUUUCAAUAUAUUAGGUCAAAGCCAUUACAAAAAACUCUUAAGAAAUAAACUUCUUUUAGCAUG